AUGGCGAGCAUUUCGGUCGGCGCGAGCUUGGGCGUGCGCAGCGCCGCGCGGCCGGCCCGUGCAGCCCCCGCCGCCGAGGCCGACGGGCGCUGGGGACGUCGCGACAAGGUGGUCUCGGAGGCGGCGUGGCCGCAGGCCAACUUUAUGCAGCGCAUCGACUUUCCAGACGUCGACGCGGCGACGGCGUCGCUCAUGGUGCCCCACAUCCUCGGUGCCAAAGGCGCCAAGAUCUCGGCGGCCUCGCGCGCGUCCAACAGCCGCCUCACGCUGCGCUACGGCAAGUCGGUCGCCGAGAAGAACAACAUUGUGAUCAUUGGCACGACGCAGCUCCGCGUCGAGCACGGCGCGCGCCUCGCCAAGGAACUCCUCGACGACGCUGUUAAGCUCGCGCAAAUGCAGCGCAAGUCCAACAAGUCGUCGUCCAGCGAGCUCAAGCGCCCGGUCUCGGUGACGAGCACGACGCCGCGGCCCAUGUCGACGCGCCAGCGCGCGCAGAGCUUACCGAGCACGACGCCGAAAAAGCCAGUGGCCCGUCCCGAAGCGCUUGAAAUCAUUAGCGACUCAGAAUUGUCGUCCGAAUCCGACGACGACUUUCCUCCGUCUGCCAUCCUGACGACAGCACCCUCCAUGCCCAAAGACACGCAUCCGGAGGUGGUCGAUGUGACGGACGACGACCCGGUUGGUCCGGCGCCGUUGCCGCCGCGCCCACCCAUGGUCUCGAUCGCCACGGAUACGUCCCAAGACGCAAUGGCCCCCGCCACAGCGUACCAUGCAACGCUCCAGCAUCUCCAGCACUCGAUCGCUUCGGCGCUCGAGAGCGCCGAUACCCUCCGGUACAUGCCAACGACGCGCGGCAUGCAGCGAUCGAUCGUCGCGUCCAAGCGCAAGCUGGCGGCGCUGCAGCAGCUCCACACAUGGCAUCAAAUCCAUUUUCGGUAUCCCAAGUUGCCGACGCUGCCCGUGUCCAAGCGUCUUGGCCGCGCGACGCCCCAGGAGCUCCGUGCACGCAUGCGGCCCGAGGCGCGCAGCGGCACGCCGGGCACACUGCCGACAUUUCUCGCACCGCUUCUGCAGCAGCCCAAGCACAAGGCGCAGUGGCUCGGGCUCCGGCACUUUGUGCCGACGUACGUGCCGUACUCGUUUCUGCAGCCGAUUCGCAUGACGCACCUCACGCUGCAUGCGCUGCGCGACCACAUGUGUCCGCACCGGUCGCAGUACAUUGCGCAAUACAACAUCCUCGCGACGUCGAUCCGGUCGCAGCAGACGGUCCAUCUCGAGUACCUCAUGCACCUCUGCUGCGCGCUCCGGCAGCUCGUGUGCGACCAGCUCGCGGUCGACGAGUGGCGUCGCCGCGGGUACGUCGAGCCCAUGGAGCCGUCGGCGCCCGACCUUUUUGGUCAGCACACGUCGUGGAAGCUCCAAGUCAACCGCCGCAUUUGUCGCAGCACGGCGCUGCAUCCGAUCGUGCAGCCGCUCCUCGUCGACACGUGCGCAUCCUUUCCGUUCCUCUGGAGCGUGCUCUCGGUCUGGACCACGGACGAGCGCGCGAAUUGGAAGACGCCGCUCGAAGAUGCUGGCCCGCUCCAAGAGAGUGUCCGCACGGUCCUCAAGACCAACAUUGGCAAGCUGGAUACGCAGGCGCUCUUGACGUACGAAGGCCGCGUCCACAGCCGUGUGCACGACUACGUCCAUCUGCUCUCGCGCAACAUGCUGCGUCGGUGGCAGCACCUCUUCACGAUGCAUCCGGAGCUGACGCUGAUUGCGUGGUGGGAGCGCGAUGGCGCCAAGCCGUGGUUUGACGAAGUCGCGCCGCCGACGCCAGCGAGCUCGACCGACUCGGACGAUGACGUGGUGGAUGUGACGCCGGUCGCGAGUGCGUCGACGCUCGCCAACCUCCACCAGCUACUCGCCAAGUGCCAGUCGCUCGCGCCGGGCGUGUAAACACCACCCGCGUGGAAUCAAAAUCAAAGAGCUUUGCCAUCCU